AUGAUUUUUAAUUACGGCGUAGUUACUGCAUCUGACAGUACGAGUUUAGUUAAAGAAAGUGAAAGUAAAUUAUUAUUGCUUUCAACUUUGGAUGGAUUUUUUAUUUGCGUUGAAAGGAAAACAGGAGUAGUUCGAUGGAAACUUAAAGAAGAACCUGUUAUAAGAUUACCUUCAACAUCUAACAAACCAACGACAACUCCUUACUUUUUACCCGAUCCGAAAGACGGAUCUCUUUAUAUGUUAAAUUCAAACGAUCGAGAAACAAUAUCAAAACUUCCAUUUACAAUACCGCAAUUAGUUGCAUCAUCUCCAUGCAGAAGUUCAAAUGGCAUUAUGUUCACUGGGAAAAAAUUAGAUACUUGGUUUACUGUAAAUCCUGAAAAUGGUGCCAAAAGAUCUUUUUUAACCUAUGAUUCUAUUGAUACUACAUGUCCCAGAGAAGGCCCAGAUAUUUAUAUAGGAAGAACUGAAUACAAUGUUGUUAUGAUAGAUCCUGUUCAAAAACAAAAUCCCUGGAAUGUCACAUUCUUUGAUUAUUUUUCUUAUUCAAUGGAUUCUGAAAGUCAAAAUAAUUACAAUCUAUUGCAUUUUACUGGAAGUUCAACUGGAAGAUUAGUUACCCUUGACAGAGCGACAGGUUCAUUAAUUUGGCAAAUAAAUUGUGAUUCUCCAAUUGUUGACAUAUAUAUUUUAGAAACUAGAGGAUUGUUAAAAGUUCCAUUUACAAGUGUCGCAGAGCCAACAUUGGAUCAGCUUAUUGAAAAAGGAACGCAGAGAAAAGAAGCUAAAUUUGAAAUUGAAUUUAAAACAAGUGAAUUAAAAUUUUUUCCGACUUUAUACAUUGGAGAAUGCAUAAAUGGGUUUUAUGCGUUACCAGCAUUAGUUGAUGAAAUAACGGCUACAAUUGUAUUAGCAAAUCAAAAAGGUCCUUUUUUAUUAGAAGGGCCAAAGCAUUCAUUUUCAGAUAUAAAUCAAAAUACAUAUGAAGAAUCAAAGCCUAAAAUAAAAUAUUUGGAAGUUAAAGAUUUGCAUUUAGUAUUUCCAAAUAAUCCUGAUUUGAAUAAAGAAAAGUCAGUCAUUUUAUUAGGUCAUUAUAAAGUACCAGAACGUAUGAAUGCACUUUUACAAAUAGAAGGAAAACCAAGCAUUCGAAAAAUGAUUGAAAAUGAAUCGAACGUAUUCGAUGGAAAAAUGGUGAAUAAUGAAGGUUCUCAAACUGAAGAUGAAAAAUAUUUAAGAAAGUUACAAUUGCAUAAUAUAAUAGCAGAAUUGAGUUCUGGAAAUAUAUCAUAUUUUAAUUUAAAAGAAUUUUUUUCAUUGACAUUAAGCAUUAUUAAAUUAAGCGUAAGCGAACAAGAAAAUUUAGAAAUUAAAAUAUCAAUGAUUGUUUUGGUCAUUAUUGUAUUUUCAAUGGCUUGGUAUUUUAAUAAACAAAUGAAAGAUAUUCAACAAUUAUCACAAUCAUCGAAAAAUCGAGAAUUUAAUUUACCUGCAGGAAUAACAGCUGUGCCUGAAGAUUUAGGUUCAGGUACUAUUAAAGUGGGAAAAAUAGAAUUCAAUGCAGAAGAAAUGUUAGGUAAAGGAUGCGAAGGAACUUUUGUUUUUAAAGGAAAAUUUGAUAAUCGUUUUGUCGCUGUUAAAAGAGUGUUACCAGAAUGUUUUACUUUUGCCGAUAGAGAAGUUGAACUUCUUAGGGAAUCAGAUUAUCAUCCUAACGUGAUUCGUUACUAUUGCAUGGAACAGGAUAAGCAAUUCAGGUACAUUGCAUUGGAAUUAUGUGCGGCAACUUUGCAUGAUUACAUUGAAGGAAAAUUUAAAAUCGAUUCGAUAACUCCUAUACAAAUUUUGCAACAAGCAAUGAGUGGCCUUAAACACCUUCAUAGUCUUUCUAUCGUUCACAGAGACAUUAAACCUCAAAACGUUCUAUUAUCUAUGCCAUCAUCAAAACAAGAGGUUCGUGCUAUGAUUUCCGAUUUUGGUUUGUGUAAAAAAUUAAAAUUUGGAAGAACAUCUUUUUCAAGAAGGUCCGGAGUGACGGGAACGGAUGGGUGGAUCGCUCCUGAAAUAUUAUCAGGAGUAAAUAGAACCACAUGUGCCGUGGAUAUAUUUUCUGCCGGCUGCGUUUUUUAUUACGUUCUCACAAAAGGAAAACAUCCUUUCGGUGAUACGUUACACCGACAAGCAAAUAUAUUAUCAGGGGAAUAUGAUUUGAAUCAAAUCGAAGAUAAUUUACUUGCCGUGAUGCUCAUCAAGCAAAUGAUAGACUUUGAUCCAUUUAACCGACCCACUGCGAGUGCAAUAUUACAAUAUCCGAUUUUUUGGAGCAAGGCUAAAAUAUUGUCAUUUUUUCAAGAUGUGAGCGAUCGAAUAGAAAAGGAAGACGUCGAUAACGUAGUUUUAAAAAAAUUGGAAAACAAUGGAUUAUCCGUCGUGAAACAAGAUUGGCGUUUUCAAAUCGAUUCCGAAGUUGCAACGAGUUUGAGAAAAUUUAGAAAUUAUCAGGGGAACAGAGUGCGAGAUUUGAUAAGAGCUUUGAGAAACAAAAAACAUCAUUACAGAGAACUUUCCGAACAAGUUCAAAAACAUUUGGGCGACAUACCGGAUAGUUUCGUCGUGUAUUGGACGAGUCGUUUUCCAUUGUUAUUAAUUCACACUUGGCUCACGAUGCAGUGCAUCAAGUACGAGCCUGUUUUUAGUUGUUACUACGAUAAAAAUUAUAAUUUUAUUGAUUUACCCAAACAAGAUUAUUUAUUACGUAGCGGGGGUGUUAAUUCAGAUGGUGGAGAAUUCGAUUCGAAAGUUUGGAUGCAAAAUAAAUUAAAAGAAACGAUAUCGUACGAGCAAACAAAAUCGAGGCAUAAAUUUUCCGAAUCCGAUUUCAGGGGGGAAAAAUGCGAUAAUAAUAAUCACAAUAAUUUUUUCGAAUAUAUAGAUUUAUCUAAUAGUUUUUUAAAUUUUAAAAGCGAACAUUUUAUAACGUGGUUAAAAAGCGAUUUUAAAGAUUAUUUGGCUUUUUCGAUUUGGUUGAAAUGCGAAAUGGAAAAAGUCGUCGACGACGACGACGAAGACAAGAUCGAAGAUUAUCGUUUAUUUUUUGUCAUGAAUGCGGAAUUAUCACUCGAAGAAUUACAAGAUAAAUUUCGUUUGUUAGUUUUAGAAAAUCCAAAUUUUUUCGGUUAUCAUUUGAAUAAAAGUCCAAAAAAAAAUAAGUUUAAUAAAAAAUAUUAUCAAAAGAAAAAAUUUAACAAGAGUCCGGAUGAAAAAUUAACUUGCACUUUAACAACUUGA